AACUAGGUUGCAGUGACAUGGUAAUAUUUUCUGAAUGGCACCGGACAGCAAUGGACCAGAAGAUCAGGAGCGGUUUGCCCAUGACUGGUGAAGACACUGGUUUGGAGGUUUUGGCCUCACCACUGGCGGGGUAUUUGGGAAAAGUCAGUAGAGCUCUUGUUCUCCUUUCACUGUUGUCACUUGCGCAAAGCUGAAUUGAAUUCGAAAAAAGAACUGUGACUGGGCAGUGCCAAUCCAAAUUCAACAAAAGAAAACAAAAUGGAAAUCUUUGGUAGUAAAAGGCGAAAGUGUUAUGGUUUGAAGCUGGUAAUGGUGUGUGAAAUCAAAGAAAUUGAAACUGUACUACACGUUUAUCUUACAUAUCUGUCUGAAAGAAAAUAAUGAUUCACUAUUAACUGCUUACUGUUAGAUGUCAUGUACUUUUGUUUGUAUUUGACACUUACUGAUUCUGCUACAGUUCCACUUCACCUGUGCCAUUCAGCCUCACUAAACUGAACUAAAAACGCAGCAGAUUUUACUCUUACUUGUAUGCUCUACAUCUGCAAGGUUCAGGAAAGAGCUGCUUCACUGGAGUAUUGUCCCUGGUGUACUUCGAAGGGCUUGACAUAUGCUCUGCGCUCUUACCGCAUCAACCUCCAGGAGUCAAUCGCCCUCUGCACAAACCCACAGUGCCUUUUCCCUCUGGUCAGCCGGUCCUUGGAGGAUGUUUUGGCUAGCUUGGAACCUGUGCAGCCAACUGUUAGGAACAAAAGAAAAAAUGCCUCUGCACCGGAAAAGGAAGUGUCUAUCACACCUGCACACAAACGUCUGCGAUCAAGUGAAGUUGACAGUCUUGGAUUCCAUUGUACUACUGACACACUUAUCAGCCAAGCAGAUCCUGGCGCUGUAAACAUUGUCAGUAAUGGCCAACAUGCAGGACCCAAGACAGAUGGUGAAAAGGUAAAUGGAUACCCAAGGGACUCUCUAGUUGCAGAGACAACAGGAUGGGACUGGCCACAAAAUGAGGAUUAUAUUUUGGACAAGGAACAAGAGAAUGCUGCUCCUACAGAUGGUUCUGCUCUUCCUUCACACUCGAUCGCAGCUGGACACCCUCAGUGCUCUGAUGGGGGUGAGCCUGCACUCUCUCCUCACCGUGGUUCUUUUGGUGUAUCUGUGAUAGUGGAAGACUUGAGACGCUGCUGUCUAGACUCCAGUCCGACCAUAUCCACAAAUGAAGACAUUUAUUCAGCUGAAGUCAAUACUCCUUCACCUCAGCACAAUGAUCACACAGCAAGGACUGAUCGGAUAUCACAGGCUGCAGACGUCAGCACCUGUAUGGGCACACUAGGCAUUAAAUCAGAAAAGGAGAAUUUGUCCUGUUCCACUAAAACAGAGUUGGAAGAGCUUGUGCCUGUUUCAAAUCAGCCUUUCUGGAGAAACAGCAACAACCUGUGUUGGCUGGACUCGCUGCUUGUCGCUCUGGUAAACUGUAAGAGCUUGAGGAAGUGUAAACCUAAUGAUGAGCCUCAGCAGUCAUCUGUCUGGCAGCUGAUGAGAGGAUAUGAAGAUGUUUGUGCGACCAUACAAGCCCAUCAACAGCCUGGCAGAGAUGGUGUUGUGAGGGUGCCAAAUCAUGUGCUGCAAAAGGCCAGUGCAGACCUAGAGAACCUCAGGAUGUCAGUCUUCAAACUACUGCAGCCCAAGUUGCACUGCAAACUGGGUCAGAGGGAAACUCCAGUGUUUGCCUUGCCGCUUCUGCUGACGAUGGACUCCUGGGUGGAGCCUCUCUUCCAGUCGACUUUUCACUGGGUGUUCAAGUGCAGAGAAUGCAAAGCUGCCUCAGAAGAAAGGAAAAUGAAGACUCUCCCUACCUUCACAAAUAUUUCCCCUGAUUGGCGCCCUCUUCAUGCCGUUCACACAGCUCCAUGCAAUGUGUGCUGUAAGAAGAAUGAGAGGAGGACCAUGAUGCUGGAGAGACUGGCUCCAGUGUUUAUGCUGCACUUUGUAGAGGGGCUUCCUGACAAUGACGUCAGAAUCUACACAUUCACCUUCAAGGGGAAACGCUUCUCCAUCACCACUGUCAUACAGUACAACCUGCAGCUGAAGCACUUUGUCACCUGGAUUCGUAAUUGUGAUGGAUCCUGGCUGGAAUAUGACGACUUGAAACAUCCAGACUGUAAGACCCAUCAGAAUCUCCCAAUCCCUGCUGAGCAGAUCCACGUUGUCUUCUGGGAGGCGGAGGAGGACAAAGAGCCUCCAGCCUGUUCUCCAUCCAGCACUUUUGUUGAAGCUCCUCCUCCUGAAAAUAAGAUGAACCCCAGUCCAGGUGACUCGACAGUGGAUGAGCCAUGUGAUGACACUUUGGAUCACUCUACUUUCUUGCCUCACAACGACACCGACAUCGUCUGCGCUCUCUCGGCAUCCGAAGACAGCAGUAACAUCAUAGACACAACAGUCACAGCCGGUGUUGAUACAUCAAUAGGUUCCACAACGCUGCUCGACACCUUCGAGGGCCUCACACAUAAUGACAUCAUUACACUCACACUGGUGGAGGUUGAUUCAGAAACGCAGCCCGGACAAAUUGAGGAUUUGAGUGCUCCGAGCAGGUGUGAAAUCAUUGACUCCACACCGGAUAGCUCCUCCACUGUAACGGGUAUUGAAAAGUCUCCUGGUCCUGACGUUGAGCCCCCCAUCACCUCCAACUCAUCUGGAAGUGACAAUGACUCGUCUAGUGACCCCACAUUUGUUCCUGGUGGACGAGGUAGAGGUAGAGGGAGAGGAGUUGGCAGAGGGAAAACCGUUGGCAGACAAACGGGUAAAAAGGCAGCCUUGACCAAAGCAGCUCCUCAUAUUUCACCACCUGCAUCAGCAGAGCCCAGUAACAAACCUGCUCCCACUGCUGCUCAGGAUGCCACACCACCCGUUGAAACUACACAGCGAGUGUCCCCUGUGUCUUCUACUGACGCCCCACUCAUACCCACUAGCCAGGAAAAUCCCAUAACACAGCCAGUGCCGCUGCAGAGUAGCCGCUGGUCCUUCCUGCUAGGCAAACACCCACUAAACCCAGUUCCCAAGCCGACAGAUAAACCUGCCCCCACCCGAGCCACACAAGUGAAGCCCACACCACCUUCUCACUCCACGCCCAACCCUGUGAGAAGGCAGCAGAUUUCCGGUGGACUCUUCCCUAAACCACAGCUCAAGACGGAGGAUAACGACGGUCUCCCCCUGAAAGCUGCAGAAAUGUACGACGGGUUCGGCGCAAAGAGCUCAUACACCCCGGGCCUGCUGCUCCCGCCCCCUGCACUCAUCACUGGCAACUCAAAGCUGUCUCAACACAUAACUUCCAACCAGAACACUACAGUGGUGUCAGGUACAUCACUUUCGUUGCCUCAAGCAAAGGGGCUGCCUGAAUUAUCCUCCUUAAACAAAAGCAGCAGCCGAUUGUCAAAGGUUCCUCCAGGUGCCGGCACCACUGAAGCCCUCAGGUACAAGCUGAUGAAGAAGCUGAAAGCGAAGAAAAGGAAGCUCGAUAAGCUGAAUAAAAUGUUGGGUCAACAGGGUGGAGCAGGCCUUCGACCCGACAGCACUGACCUGGGCUCUCCUAGCACUGUCACCUCCAGCACUUACGACGGCUCCAUCUGCGACGACUUCCUUUCGGACCUGCUGUCACCGGCAACCACCGCCAGCAACCUUUCCCCCGACAGCACCGGCUUCCUCGAGAUGCUCGCCAGCGGGCAAGAUGGAGGCGACCAGUUGGACGGCGCGGCAAGUGCUGCCUCGCAGGUGAACACUUGUCUGAAUGAACCCCACAACGAAAACUUCCUGGAGGACUUCCUCUUGCAGGCUGCGGCUGAGAGGCCGUCUGAGAUGGAGACGGACGCACUAAGUGAACUUUUGAUAUGAAAUUGUGGGGGUGGAUGUUGUCUGGAAGCUUGAAGCACCGAUAACCUCGACUUGGCAUCAUGAGAAAAUUAUGCAAAAUUCGUUUUCACCUUAUCUAACAAUGUCAUCCCAAAGCAGCCUGUUUCGAAUUAAUUUGCAAGUUUAAAGUAGUUAAGCGAUCAAUUUAGAUGAGUUAUUAAAGCUUAUGUAUGUGCAGUCAAGCAGACAGUAUGUUGAACCUUGGGUAACGUCUGCAGACUGUAUCUUGAACUUUUUUCUGCAAGUUUGGCACUUAUAUAGGAUGUCACUGGGUUGUAUGAAGCCAUAGUGUUGACAGUCAAAGCUGUUUGUUUAAUCUGUUUUGUUAUUUUGACAAGUCACUAUUUUUGUCAUAAAUACUGACUAGUUGUCGCUGUACAAAUGUUUGAAUUUCUGUGAAAUUUAUGAGAAAUUAGUUUGCAGUUUUGCCAAAAUAAGGUUUAUGAUAUGAUAAGGCCUCAGCAAUCCUCCCAUAGGGGAUUUAAAAAAACAAAAUAAAAUGAUCACUUUUUUUAUAUAUA